AUGUCUGGAAUCCCUUGUGUGCAUGCAUGUGCUGCUAUUCGACAUAGUUGUAAGAAUACAGAGGAUUAUGUUGAUGAGUACUUCACUGUGGAGAUGUACAAGAAAGCAUAUGAGCCAGUUAUAUACCCAAUGCCUAGUCAAGAGCAGUGGAUACCAACCCAGCAUGACAAGUUGGAACCCCCAGUAUCAAGAGUGGCCUCGGGUAGACCAAAGAAGGUAAGAAAAAGGCAAGUUGAUGAACGUAGAGAUUCGAAAAAUCCAAACAGAAUGAGAAAAUUUGGUGCUAGGAUGAAAUGCUCCAUGUUUAAGGGCAGAGGGCACAAUAAAAGGGCAUGUCUAAUGAGAAGUACCCAAGCAAGUGUUGUGCUGCCUACCCCACCUCCAGACAGUACACAAAGUACCACUUCAAGAACUCCUACACAGGCUACAAGAACAAAUCUGGUCUCACCGCCUCCACCAGCAAGAACAAAUUCAGUCCCACCGCCUCUACUAGCAACAACAAAUCCAGUCCCACCGCCUCCACUAGCAACAACAAAUCCGGUCCCACCUCCUCCAAGGAGACGGAAGACACAAAGGGUCGCGGCUAUUUUUGGGAAGUCCAAACCGGGUCCCACCAUACCUAUUGAUCUAACUGAGGGUGAUAGUGAUGAACGAGGUGGCCCUGCAAUCCGAGGUGGCCCUGCAAUCCGAGGGGGCCAUGCAAUUCGAGGUGGCAGUGCGGGAACCAGUGGGACAGCAACUAAUCCGGCAUCCAAAAGCAAGGGCAAACGUGUGAUGGCCACUGUUGAAAAGGCAAUUGAGAUUGCUGAAGCGAAGAGGAAGAGAAUGAGGCCAGAAUGGAAGCGUUAA